AGCAAUGACUCCACAAAAGGUCUUACAAAUACUCCAUUCAAGUUGAGACUUUUGUCUUGCGAACAAUAGAAAAAAAAUUGGGUAGUUAGUUCGAAACUCGUGGCAUUUGGAUGGAAAGAUGAGUGAAAGCAUAUGGUGAAAGGAAAGACUUAGCCUCUCAGAAUAGGUUUCUAUUUGUUUUACUAGCAGGUGAAGGAAGGAAGGGACAACGACGGAAAGGGAUGGCGGUUAAGUGUUUCCGACUGACUGCUGAAAUUUUUUACGGGUUCAGCGUGUUUACAUUUGCGUUCAACGCAGUUGUUAUUCCUCAGCUCAUUGAACACAAAGUUUGCAGCAACAAGUACAACUCUUCCGUUUGCAGUCAUUUAAACAAACAUCCAGAGAUCGACGACGAUGUUCAGGAGAAUGCCGCCGAAUGGAUGUCGGUGCUACCUUUAUCGGCACUUCUCCCUGCCUUCUUCACAAUCCUCAUGAUCGGUCCGAUAUCAGAUGUGGUCGGCAAGCGGACUACAAUGAAAGUGCCACCACUGAUUUAUAUGAUACAGAGCUUUAUAUACAUCGCGAUGACAAGAAUAACAGUUCCUUUUAGCCCCGGAUUCUUCAUUAUACCAUACUGUCUUUCCGGUGUUUUUGGCGACAACGCCGGUUGCGCCUCCUUAGCGGAAGCAUACAUCUCCUGCAUAACAUUGCGCAAGGACCGCACCUUCAGAAUGGCUGUUUUAGAGUCGGCGAUAUUUUUCGGUACUGUCAUUGCAGCUGUCUCAUCUGGGGUUCUGUUAACAUAUUUCGGGUUUACAGGGGCAUUCUGCAUGACAGGUGCCGUCAAUCUUCUCAAUUUUCUCUACGUCAUAUUUUUGUUGCCAUCCGAGAAAACACUAUUGCCAGAAUUAUCGAACGAGAGCGAGCAAAAUCAAGAGGAUGCAACAGUAAGCUCAACACCGUCACAUAACAAAAAUGGUGAUGGGGGGCUAGGCAAUAAAAGGGACAUAACAGUAAGGGAGAUGAUAAAACCAUGGAGAUGUAUCAAGCAAAUUGGCAAUGCCAUAUGCGUUCGCAACAGAAGGAAGUUGAUAACCGCUAUACUUAUCUUAUUUUCGAUUUCACUAUUUGUAAACAUGGGUGAAAUAUACUUCGGUAUUCUAUUUAUUAAAAACAGACCAUUCAACUUAAAGGCCAAAGGGAUUGGAUAUAUAGUCGCCAUCCAGGCUUUCUUUAGGGCAGGAGGGGUUCUCUUGAUCCCUUAUGUGUGCCAGCGCUUCCUGAAAUUCAAAGACAUCCACCUAGUAAUGCUUGGUUUCACAACACAGACAGUUUAUUUCUUGUCUUUUGGUUUUGCUUCUUCAGUACUCGCCCUGUACUUGAUCCAAAUUAUUGGGAUCCCGUUGUCAGUUCACCAGCCCGUUUUCCGCUCAAUGAUUUCAAAAUCGGUGGACACUCAUCAGUACGGAGCAGCGAUUUCUGCAGCCGAGGCUGUUGAUAUUGCAAGCUCUCUUCUGACCAGCCUCAUUUCCAACCAAGUAUAUUCAGCAACGUUUCCGAUAUUCAGAGGUUUUACAAUGUGCUUACUCAGCGUCUUGUCGUUCAUGGGUUUAAUUGGCGCAGUCGCAUUCUCGUUCACAUUUAGAGGUGAUAUUAAACCCAUGCAUAACGAAGAACAGCAAUCUUUAAUAACAGAUUGAAAGACUGGUGUUACCUAUAAGAGAAGAUGAAAUGUUUGAAAUGUGUGUAAGAUUCACGAAUUAUUAAGAAUAAUUUUAAUCAAAUGCAUCUAUUUUUUCCUACCAAUGAAAGUAAAUUCUUCCGGAUAAAAGUGAACAUUGUGAGUUUGUUUUUGCAUUCACCCUUCUAAGAUUAAAGCCAAGAAGGUUUCAUUUGUCGCAAAGAUAACAAGAUUCGCCUAACUUUUUGUGUUUUUCAUUUAACCUUAUCCGUCAUGUUUUUGAUAAACAUAGAAUGUUGAGUGGUGGGACAUUUUUCAAAAGGGCCCAUGCUCAUCUCAAAAAUUGUACAGGAGUUAUGAAAGGGAGCUUCAGAUCGUAAUAUGCUUCUGUUUGUGCUAAAAACCCCGAUUUGUUGCAAGAGCUAUAUGACUGUAUGACAUUUUCAAAGAGAAGUUAGCAAUUUAGCAUGAAAUAGAUAAUUCAAAUCUUUGCUAUAUUUGCAAUUUUUUACAUUAGCAUUAUGGGGCAAAAUGCUCCCUGUAAAUUUGUUUUUUAUUCCCAUUAUAGGCUGAUUAAACAAUAACUUGAUCAGACAAAAAUAACAGUUGCUGUGUGAUCUGUUUUAUCAUUGCAGAUGCAGUGGAACCCCGCCUUACGACCACUUCGUUAAUACGGCCACCUCAUUAUUACUGCCACAUUUGUUUGGCCCGGAAAAACGGCCAUACAUAGUCUCAUAAAAAACCCCGUUAAUGCGGCCUCCUUUUAAUACGGCCAGCGGCCACAUUUUGCGAUCCCAAACAACAGGAUUCUUUAUAAUUCCACCCCGUUAAUACGGCCAUUUGUGUUCAGCAAAACUGUAAUAAAAUCUCAAUAAUCUCAUCGUUUUACAAAAGAACUUUUUAUUAUCAAAGUCGCUUGCUUUCAGGUUUGAUUGCCCACACUUAAAUGGGUUGCUUGGAAUGCAGACGAACCAGUCAAAAGUCACCAAAUUUUUAGCAAAAUCAUGAACAUGAUUUGGUGAUUAAGGCCCAAGAACCCAGGACUUCCGUUUCGUUUUGUUUGUGGAUUAGUUAUUUAACAUAUUUUUUUAUAACUUUAUCUACAUUUCCAGAUGUCUAUUAAAGAGAACAGUUGAUAUUAGGAUCUUAUUAUUAAUUUCUACCUCUUAAACUCCAAAAUUUGACCCUUCCUCGUUAAUACGGCCAUCCCGUUAAUACGGCCAAUUUUUGGUGGCCCGUUGGUGGCCGUGUUAACGGGGUUCCACUGUAAUGUACUUUUUGGCACAAUUUCUUCAAAUCUGAUAAAGACGUUAGAAUCUGAUGGAAGUUUAUCUACGUACAGUAUUCUUAGACAUAUAACGAGCUAUAAAAUGCAUUAAACUUAAGCCUAGUACAAAUAAAAAUCAACUACAAGAAUACUACUAGCUCAAGAAUUAUUAGAAAAAUUAACAAUAGAAAAGGAAUUUGAAAAUUUAUCAAUCUGAACUAUCUGGAUAAGAAGAAACAGCCUUCGUUUUUUGCUUCAAAAAGCUGAAGCCAAAAAAUGCUGAGGGGAGGGGGUGUAGAUCCCCAGAUUUGCCGGCAAGAAAGAAUGGCGUUUCUUAGGUGCAACUGUUGGCAAUAAUAUAAUGUAGACAAACUUCUUCCAGUGAAAUCUUGAGCCAUUUGAUUUUUAAUGAAAGAUAAUUUUUAGGCAGAAAUGGAGUACAUAACAUGAAUGAAUCUGAUUAUCCAUAUUCUAAAAUCUUCGAAAUUUAAAUCAUUAGAGCAACAGAUGAUUAACUCAGUAGCAUCUAGGUCAUUAGAAUGUGACAACAAAUUCAAAUAUGAUUGCACCCCAUUGGCUUUGUCCUGACCUUCCGUUUAUUAUAUCGAGGGGCAAAUCACUCCAAGAAAAUAUCGUACACCUUUUGUGAAAAUCCUAUUGUUUUAUCUGAAAAUCCUCGGAAAUCCUUUUGUUUUGGGGAAAAUCUGGUACGCUAUUUGCAAGAGUGAAUUGCCCCUCGUAAUAUAUGGUUUUUCUAUAGACACAAAUGAUCCCCCAAAACUCAUAAUAUGCUUGAGAGAGAACAAUGCUGACGCUGUGCACAAAUCAAGAACAAUGCUAAACUCAAUGUCAAGAUUCAGGGCAAAUAUUUUUGAUAAAUAAGUCACUGUAAAAGCAAUUUGAGACGAAGCAAUCAUCAUUUUACCAAUCGUAAAUCCUUGAAUGCAAACAUUCAAAAGACAGCUGCCAGAAAUGGAUGCUACACUAAAAUGUUAGUCCCUAUUGAGAGACUGGCUCAACAUCGUCAAACUUGAAAGAAAAUUUGCCCGUUGUAUUAUACUGCACAUGAUGUUUAUGCUGGCCAGUGACGUAGACAGGAGAAUUCAUAGGAGGGGCGAUAAAUUUAGAUUUUCCAACAAAAAUUUUAUAACAGCUUUUAUUGUUACCAGAAUGUGGACAAAACGCCUCUUAUGUCACGUGUCAUAAAUCAUAAUACUCGAAGAUUUUUCUUGUCUUCUCUUCUAAAAAAGGCAUUUUUAAGUACUAUGCCUUUUUGAAAAAGAUUGUCAAUCACAAAACAACAGAAGAAGCUAACAUAUUAAGCUUUAAAAUCUUUUCUCACAAAAAGUAACACUUUGAAAGGUAU